CUCGAGGCUUGCCCCUCUCAUCGAUAUGACUGAGCCACAUCCUGACCUUUAGAAGAUUUUCUCUUGGUGCUUCCACCAUCAAACAAACCAAUCAAAAGCCCAGUGAAGCAGUGAUAAGUAGAUAUAUGUAUGUAUGUAUGUAAACACCAUGCAAUCAAGCAAGAACUUAUAAACAGAGAAGACCAGCAUAUUUUGUUAAACACUUUGUAGAAGAUUACCUGUGUCUCAUCCUUCUGGAAUAUUCUGGCACAUGGCCUGCUUCACCCUGUUCUCUGUUUCCUCAGCUCCACAGCAGUGUGCAGGUGAUGACGACCAUGCUCCCACGAGCUGGACCCCAGAGUCUGAGCCAUGGACCUGGUCCGAGGGCAGCAGGACCCUGUCAUUUCAGAAGUUGGUGACCUUUGCAGAUGUGGCUGUGCACUUCACCAAGGCUGAGUGGGCUGGACUGUCCCCUGCACAGCAGGCCCUGUACAGGGACGUGAUGCUGGAGAACUUCCGGAAUGUGGUUUCCCUUGGACUUCCAAUCCUCAAACCGGACAUGCUCUCCCAACUGAAGGGAGGAAGGGCACUGUGGGUCCCAUCGCCUCUGAUGGCUGCUGGGGGCCUCUGCAUAGUAAAUAUUGAUAUCCCACCUGAAAAUAAUUUUACAAAGGAAAUGUAUGAAGAAAAAGACAUGUCAUUUGAACUUCAGAAGGACUCUUUUCAGGAUGUGGACUUUUUGGGAUCCUUUAUUCUAGAGAAACACCAGAAUAUUCAUGUAGGAGCAAGUAGGGAGAAAGAAAACUAUCAUUCCAUUGCUGUAUCAGUGAAGGAUGAGGCCAGCUCUGUGGAAGAGAGUACAAACAUGAAUCAAUGUCAUGUGAUUGCCAGUGGGGAGCUGUCUUCUGAGUGUGCACAGCUGGAGAAAGUUCUUAGCUUUGACACAAAACAUCAACAUAAAAUAAUUAAUACUAGGGAAGGACCUCUCAAAUGUGAAGAAUCAGUGGAAACCUGUAGGUAUAAUUGCCCACUUCAUCACCAUCAAGAUAGCUACAGUGGGGAAAAGCCCUACCAGUGUACCAAAGCCUUUAAUAUUAAUGCAGAAUUAACUUGGCAUCAAAGACUCCAUACUAGAGAGAAGCCCUUCCAAUGCGUGGAGUGUGGGAAAAGCUUCAGUUACAGUUCCCACUACAUCACACACCUCACAACCCACACUGGGGAGAAGCCCUACCAGUGUAAGUUGUGUGGGAAGGCCUUCAGUGUCAAUGGGAGCCUUAGUAGGCAUGAACGAAUCCACACUGGGGAGAAGCCCUAUCAGUGCAAGGAGUGUGGGAAUGGCUUUAGCUGCAGCUCUUCCUAUAUUAGACACCAGAGAGUUCACACCGGAGAGAAGCCAUUUGAGUGUAAUGACUGUGGGAAAACUUUUAACAUCAACGCAAAGCUAACUCAACAUCAGAGAAUCCAUAAGGGAGAGAAGCCAUAUGAGUGUGAUGAGUGUAGGAAAGGCUUCAGGUGCAGCUCCCAGCUUAAGCAGCAUCAGAAAGUCCACACUGGUGAAAAGCCCUGUCAGUGUCAAGCAUGUGGCAAAGCCUUCAGUAAUAACACAAAACUCAUGCAGCAUCAAAGAACCCACACAGGUGAGAAACCAUAUACCUGUGCCGAAUGUGGGAAAGCCUUUAGCACCAAAGGAAACCUAAUCCAGCACCAGAGAAUCCACACAGGUGAGAAACCCUAUGAGUGUAAGGAGUGUGGAAAAGCCUUCAGAUGCAAUUCCCAACUUCGGCAGCACCUGAGAAUUCACAGCGGGGAGAAGCCUUAUGAGUGUAAGGAGUGUGGAAAGGCUUUCAAUGUCAACGCAAAACUAUUACAGCAUCAGAGGAGUCACACCGGGGAGAAGCCCUUCACAUGCAAUGAGUGUGGGAAAUGCUUCGCUUCUAAAAGAAACCUUGUCGAUCAUCACCGGAUCCACACUGGAGAAAAGCCUUAUCAGUGUGAAGAAUGUGGGAAAGCCUUUAGCAUCAAUGCCAAACUGACGAGACAUCAGAGAAUACACACAGGGGAGAAGCCCUUCAAGUGUGUAGAGUGUGAGAAAGCCUUCAGUUGUAGCUCUGACUGUAUCAUGCAUCAGAGGAUUCAUACUGGAGAGAAGCCCUUCCGGUGUAAGGAGUGUGGGAAAGGCUUCCAUGUUAAUGCCCAUUUGAUCCGGCAUCAGCGAAGCCACACAGGGGAGAAACCAUUUAGAUGUGUGGAGUGUGGCAAAGGCUUCAGCCACAGUUCUGACUGCAUCAUCCAUCAGACUGUCCACACUUGGAAAAAACCCUAUAUAUGCAAUGUGUGUGGGAAGUCCUUCAGGUUUAGCUUCCAACUUAGUCAACACCAAAGUGUUCAUAGUGAAGGAAAGUUCUGAUACUGAGGCAGAUGUAGGAAACUCAGGGCUAAUGGAUAAAGUAUUAUAAAAUUCACCAUGAUGGAAAACCAAGAGGGAAAGAAAUAUGGCAGUAUUCACAUGGAAUGAAAUAAUAUCCAUUUUAUCUAUUUUUAGUCAGGAAUGA